AUGCAAGUGGUCUUCGGGAACUUUUUAAGAUACUUGAAUGUAUCUUUCUUUAAAUAUUUUAUACUCUUCUUAUUUAUUUUUUCAAAUUCUAAUGCAUUGAUUAAUCAUGAAUCCGCUGUGUGCGAGAAUACCCUUUCAAUCUUUUCAGACAUAUUUCGUGAAGAGACUGAGCAAUGCCACUGUUAUGAACAUGUUCAAGAAGAUAUAAAUUCUGUUGAAGCAUCAAAAACUAUGAAGGAUUUUGAGGCAACUAGUCUACCGGCUCAAUUCAAUCUUACUGAAAAUUCAACCUCAUCCAUUGAGGAUGAAUCAUUUAACAAGACUGCUUUAAUACAAAAUCCAACAAAGACGGCGAGAUCCCCUUCAGUCAAAACGGAUUAUGAAUCUGCGAGCUUGGAACAACCAAUUCCUCAAGCCUCCAUCGAUACCGCAAUUGGGGAUGAAGCUAAGGACAAAAGUGCGAACGAAAAUCCUGAUAAUCCUUAUUCCCAGACUUGUGUUGAGACAAGUCCUGUUGCGAAAGAAGGUGCUUCAUCUGAAGCCCCAAUUGCAGCUCAUGUAACUUCUGAGGAAAAACGAUUUAAUUUUGCUUCCACUGACUGUGCCGCAGCUGUUUUAAAAACUAAUGCUGAAGCCGAAGGUGCUUCCUCUAUCCUGACCGAAAACAAGGAUAAAUACAUGUUAAAUAAGUGCUCGGCCACAAAGAUGUUUGUUGUUAUAGAACUAUGUGAAGAUAUUUAUGUUGAUACAGUUCAAAUCGCCAAUUUCGAGUUUUUCUCAAGCAUUUUUCGAACAGUUCGUAUCAGUGUCAGCGGAAAAUACCCCAAGCAAGAAUCUUCAUGGAUGGAGCUUGGCACCUUCACUGCAAUGAAUUUGCGAACAUUGCAGUCUUUCCGCAUAGAGAACCCUCUAAUCUGGGCUAAGUAUAUGAAGAUUGAGAUUUUAAGUCACUACGGUUCUGAAUUCUAUUGUCCAUUGAGUUUGGUUCAUGUUUUUGGCAAAACUAUGAUUGAAGAAUUUGAAGAAGAAAAUGAAGAAGGUUAUUCUAAUGACUUUGAUCUUUCUCAAAAUAACCAAGCUGACGUGUUAAGUUCCAACGCGAAAAAUGAUAGCCAAUUUAUUCAACCUGAGCAGACUGCUUCGAUAUUGAAUACUGAGGAAAAUAAAAGCCAUUAUCCAAGCUCCGUCAUGAAUGUCGCCCCUGCAAGUACAACAGCAACGAAGACCGAGGUCGAGGAAGAUCAGAGUAUUUGUAAUAGCAAUAAAGAAUGUGUUACGAAUCAUGUGUUUUCUUCGUUCGUCACAGGUAAUUUAAGCUCUUCUUCUGCAGCAGGGUCUCCUCCUUUUCCAACGGCGACCCAUCAUUUGAAUCAAGAAAGUAUUUAUAAAAACAUUAAUAAGCGUCUUUCUAUUUUAGAAGAAAGAAAAAAGUUGUUUGACGAAGCUAUUCAAAAGACGUUGGCAUCGUUUGGAAAACAUGAUACGAAACAACUAAAUCUUUCUGAUUCACUUAACGAAAUAAGCAUGUCCCAUAGGGGAGAAUUUGAUCAGAUGCGAUAUCAGUAUCAGAGGAUUCAAUCCUCAUUUUAUAUACUUCAGGCUCGAUUAGAGUUGGCUUCUGCUGAAAAUGAGUUUGUUCAAAGGAGAAUCCAAUCAUUAAGUGACGAUUCGUCUUUCCAAAAAAGAUUAUUGGUGCUCCAGUUGACUCUUUUAAUCGUGCUGGUGGUUUAUAUUGCAGUAUCAUACUUCCCUGCGAAUCCCUCUGUUAAUGAUAAUAUGCUGUUGCAGUCAUCCUCUGCUCCCCAAGCAUUUGAUUCUAAUAAUGAUUACCGACAAGCAAAUCCUUCGGAUGAUCGUGAAAUCGCUUCACGUCCUCCCUCUUUGUUUAACUCAAUACCAUCGAAGGAAUCCUCUGUAGUAUACAAAGUGACUGAAGAUUCAAACGAUGAUCAAACACCUCAACCUGAUAAUGUCUCUGGUUCUCAAAUGAAAAAUCCGGGCAUGAAGAAACUUUUUCAUUCUCGAAGCUAUUCUGUUUAUUAA